UUCAUAACUUUUUAAUUGGAGAAACUAAUACGAAUCUCACUCUCACGAGGCAAAGGGAAAUGAAUAGCUCGCAUGUCCUUUUUCCCUCUUUGACAGGAAAGGGAGGAGAGGGAGCCGCGUCUGUGAGUUACCACCCGCGAGAAACAAACCUAAAGAGAGAAAAGAAAGUUUCUAGACUUCUCUGCUGCUUGCAGCAGGUGUAUCUCUAGCCCACUCUAAUUCGUAUUUACUCGGAAGUGAAACCCAACUUCAGGGGGGCUUGGUCCCAAGAAGGGAAGGAGAAACGUGAAAGCAUGCGCUUCCCAGGCAAACUAGAUGGUGCAGCGUCUCUUGCUAACCUCGCCAUCCCGGCCUAAUUGACUUUGAGUUUUGUUUUGUUUUUUAUUUGGCUUUUUUUUUUAGGGAGAUACUUUUGCUAUACAGCUCAGUACGUAGUCACGUGCACUAAGCCAGCCCAAUUUAACCAGUGACGUCAUAGUCCCUCGUGAGCCAAUGGCACGUCUGUUUAUAUUGGGCUUCGCUUUGCCUUGGAAGCGAGAGGCCAGGUGGUUGCGCUUUUGUCUACUUGCCUGGGUUGCUCUUGCCUCUUGCUGGGACCGGAGUUUCUGUAAAUCGUCUCUGAGGAAGCGGCGUUAGGCUUCCUAGUUUGUGCUCAUCGCCGUUCAGAUUAGCAAGAAAGCGGAGUGGGAGAAACCUCCGGGUUGGUCACCCUUGUAUCUUAAUCGGCAUAAGAAUGAGAAUAUGAGCCAGAGAGAUAUUUGCGUACAUCUGUUUGCUGGAGGGUGUGGAGGCACGGUAGCUGCAAUCCUGACAUGUCCACUAGAAGUUCUGAAAACACGAUUGCAAUCAUCUUCUAUUACUCUCUACAUUUCUGAAGUUCAGUUAAAUACUGUGAAUGGUGCAAGUGUUAAUCGAGUUUCCCCACGGGCUUUCCAUUGCUUUAAGAUGAUCUUACAAAAUGAGGGUCCUCGGUCAUUUUUCAGAGGACUAGGUCCUAACUUGGUAGGCGUGGCUCCUUCCAGAGCGCUAUAUUUUGCAACUUAUUCCAAGUCCAAAGAAAUUAUGAAUAACAUAUUUGAGCCAGAUUCUACUCAAGUACAUAUGACUUCAGCUGGAGUGGCAGGUUUUACUGCAAUCACAGUAACUAAUCCAAUUUGGUUAGUAAAGACACGAUUACAACUUGAUGCAAGGAAUCGUGGAGAAAGACGGAUGAAUGCGUUUGAAUGUGUACGCAAAGUUUAUCAGUCAGAUGGAAUUAAAGGUUUUUACCGAGGGAUGUCUGCCUCUUAUGCAGGCAUAUCAGAGACUGUUAUUCAUUUUGUUAUUUAUGAGAAUAUUAAACAAAAAAUCUUGGAAUGUAAUUCUGCUUCUGGGAUGGAUAAGGAGGAUGAGCCUGUUAAAAAAGCAUCUGAUUUUGUUAGUAUGAUGGCAGCCGCAGCCACUUCCAAAACCUGUGCUACGUCUAUAGCCUAUCCACAUGAGGUUGUACGAACAAGACUACGAGAAGAAGGAACAAAGUACCGAUCCUUUUUCCAGACCCUAUCUUUGCUUUUGCAAGAAGAAGGCUAUAGUUCUUUCUACCGUGGUCUAGCCACACAUUUGAUAAGACAAAUACCGAACACAGCUAUAAUGAUGACUACCUAUGAAGUAGUAGUCUACUUGCUCAAUAGACAGCAGCACUACUAUCUGACAAUAGGGAAGUGAAAAACCAAAGUUUUGCAAUGGACCAUAGACAUUCUGAAUGAUAGACAGCAGCUAUACAUAUAUAUAUAUAUAUAUAUAUCAUCCAGGUGUAUCACCCGUAUAUCAACUAUAUGCAGAUAUGGACAAAGUGGAAGACUGUUGAUAGGCAAUCAUUCACACUUCUGCUGGCUUAUCAUAUGGCAGGGGUGUCAAACUGUUGGCCCACGGGCCAAAUGUGUUGCCAAGAAACUGUGCCCACCCGAUUGCUGGCAAUGGGGAAAAAGCUCUGCUACGUCACGUCGCAAGUUUGACAUGUCUGUCAUAUGGUAUCUCUUGCAAGUUGUUCUUAAGGAUUGCCUUUAAAAUGUCAUACUUCAGUUGCAAUUUCCUCUUACUAUAUUAGCUUUUUUACUUCUAUGCAGCGAGCAGCGAGGACUUGGUGUGAGCAAGGAGGUUGUAAUGUUUUUUAGUGCAAGGUGUAAAUCCAUUAUUGGUUGUAAAGUUAUGUUCUACAACAGUUCAAAGGCUAUGUCAGUGUAAAACAGAUCCGUGCUCGUAUCUGAAAGUCCACUUUGCAAUUGAAAUAAAAUGAAAGGUGAAGAUUUACAUUAAGCUUCCCAUUUUACUACCUCAAUGGGUCUCAGGAGGAAAUGUAGAUUCCUACAUUCCUCUAAUAACAUAGUGGUCUUCAUUUGUAUAAAUCGGGACAGGGCAGGAAGAACAAAAUUAUAAUAAUUUUAACAUCUAACCCUGGGGUUCGGGUGCAUAUUUUAAUAACCUGAAGAAUUUUUUGCCGUACAAAUAGAAAAAGGAUUAUUUCUGUUCUCCUGUAUACAUCUGCUAAUGUAUCCCAGUAGGACUUCAAGUAUUUCUAGAUUGUGUUAUUUUGAACCAAGAAUCAACCAACACUUGUAGAGUGACAAAUAUGUUAGUAAUUCAGCGUUAUGUCAGACUUCAGCAAACUUAAUUCUUGUAAGAGUUACUUCAUUUGAGCUGAAAUCUGCAUCAACUAAAUGCCAAACUUUAAAAACAUGUCAGAAUCAAAUGCUAAUAGAAUUAACUAAAGAAAUCAUAAUUUAAUACUCUGCAUUUAGGCAUUCCCUUGUAUUUCAUUAUUUGCUUAAUUUCUGGUGCAUUUGCAGAAAUCGAAAAAUAAAUAUUUCUUUUUUCCCCCCCCAGAAAGUAUGGUCCUUAAAAUUUAUUUCAAGAUUUACACAAUAUCAUUUGCUAUAAUUUAAGAGUUGGUCUUCACUAACUCAUAGAAACUAUGUUGUCUUUAACAAACACGAUUCACAGUAUUACAAGAAACCUAUUUUAGUGUUAUAUAAUUAAUACAAAAAUCCUAUAUUCAUUUUUUUUUAACUACAGCCCUGCUGUUCCAAGCAAAUUUCUCCCUGUGAAUUACUGUUUUCUAAUUGAAUAUUUUUUUAUUUGCAAACUUAACUAGUGAUACCAGAAAAUUGUGAAUUCAUUUGCGGGUAUUUAGUUCAGAGACAAUAUUCUAAAAAUGUGUAUCUUUAAUGCAUUUGAUUAUUAUUAUUAUUAUUAUUAUUAUUAAAUAAUUAUAAUGGUGCAAUCCUACUCUUGUCUAUUCAGAAGUUACAAAGAAUUUAGAAAGAUUUAUUUCUAAGUCAGUUAUUUCUAAUAGAAUUAUAGCUUAAAGUUUAUUUAUGGCAACUGGCUUAAAUCAUGGUUAGUUAUUAUAUAUUUUUUGUUACUGAAUAAUGCAAAGAAGUGAAACAUGGGGCAUGAGGAAAGCUUAAAAUUUAUUUCUAUAAACUAUUCAAAAAUAAUCUUAUUGCAGGCUACUUUAAGAUAAUGCAGAGAUAGUGAGGAUAUAGCCAACUGUCAAAAUGGAUUCUCCCUGGAUAUUCUGUAGCAAAUAUGCUUCCGAUAGACUUACAAUAUUUAGUUUGACGAUUAUAUUAAAAUGUACCUUGUUAUAAAUAAUUCUGCUGGAUCUUUUUAGCAGGAAGCAGUUUUCUUUAAUGAUCUUGUUAUACAUGUAGUCCUUGGAUUGAGACUACAUUUGGGGCUGAAAUUUUGGUUGCUAACCAAUGUAGUCAUUAAGCAAAUCUGGUUUCUCCCAUUGAUUUGCUUGUUGGAAGCUUGCUAGAAAGUUGCAAAUCAUGAUCACAUGACUGGAGGAUGCUGCAUCUGUUGUAAAUGUGAGCCUAUUAUCAAGUGUUCAGAUCAUGAUCACAUGACUGCAAAGACAUGUUAUAAAUCACUUCAGCACCAAAUUGUAAUUUCAAACCAUCAUCAAAUGAAUGGUCAUAAGUUGAGGAUUACCUGUAUUACUUUAGUAAACAUGACGGAUACAGUCAUUAGUUGAAGCAACGGAUUACCCAGGAACUUUUCAUUUGAACACAUUUCUUGCUUAUAAAUAUUACUGACAAAGAUCUUAUUGAUAGUAAACAAUAGGCUACAAAUGCUUGCUAUCUUAAAUAAUAAAAUUGAGUAAUAUUACUUUGUUAUGAAAAAACUUCUAGAAAAACUAGCUUCAUAUUUUUCUAUAUCUACACUCAGGUAGAUUCAGAUAACUAAGCUCCUCCCCCUCCUAUUGUACAAUCACCAUUAGCUCCCUGUGAUAGCAUUCCAGCAACAAUUGUUCAAAGAUAAUGAAUCAGAGAACUUUGGGUCAAACUUAAAAUGUAGAGUAAAAUCAUAAUUACUUACUAAUUCUCCAUCUGACAAGAUCUUUUAAAAAGAAUGUUUCAAAAUCAUAAGCUGUUCUAGCAUGCCAGCUUUAUGAAUCCACAUUUCUAUUCUAUUGAUCUAUUGUUCAUAGAUCACACUCAGUAUAUGAUCAUGCAGCAUCCUGUACUUAAUAUCACUAAAAGGUUUACUUUUCAGUUGCUUAAGGUACAUGACUUUGCCAGAUGAAUAAAGUUUCUUUUAACUAAUGUAUCUAUUUGAGUAUAAAGCGAAACAUUACAUAAACUUCUUUUGGUAAAAUAUUUAUAAUCUGCCUUCAAAAGAUGCAUUUGAUUAUGAUAGUUAUAUUAAGAAUUAGGGGAUAUGAUGAACAAAUUCAUCCCAAGCAUUUUUACUGUCACUGCCAUUUCAUAUAUGCUAUGGCAUAAGGAUGUGGAAUAUCUAAGUUCAAAGGAGAAAUGGUGAUUCAGUGUAUGUGUAUUGGCAUGCAUAUUGUGCUUGUCAGCAAUUCUUUAAACAACUCAUAUGUUUCCUUACAUCUUAAGGCAGUAGAUAACGGAAUCCCAGAAAAUAAAUAUCCAUUUAAUUUAAGAAGGUGCUGAUAGUUGCAACCUUUUCCUUCUACAUACCGAUUCCUUGCAGUCUUUUUAUUAAUACAGUACACGAAUCUGUAGAAUAAACAUGAAUCUGUAGAAUACUUGUUUAUUUUAGUCCAGUGAUUCUCAACUUCUACAGUUUUAAGAUACGUGAAAUUCAGCUCCCAAAAUUGCCACGCCAACAUGCUGGUUGGAGAACUCCGAGCAGUGAAGUCCUUACAUCUUAAAAAGUUGCCGAGAUUGAGAAACACUCCCUUAUUCCAAGAUUAAAGGUGGUGAUUUUGGGCAAAGUCGCCUUAAUGAACUAUCCUAACUUCAGCCUGAAUUCAGAUUAGGAAUCUCAGGUGGGAUUAGAAGAAGAAGAAAAAGCAGAACUCUCAUUAAAUACUUGCAAAAAGCUUCCUAGGUGACAUGCUCCCACCAAAGGAAUAUUGAUAUCUAGUGUCAACUCUUGGGUUGAAAUAAAAAAACAAAAAAUUAAGAAACGUAUUACCCAACAUCUUUUUGAUAAUUUGAAGAAAAUACUAUACAUUUUCUAUGUAGUAGUCUUUUAUGGCUUUUUAAUCUUUGUAUCCAGCUUUGAAAUUAUAAGAUAAACUAAUAUAAUUACCCCUUUUGUUCUAGCCAUAUACAAUUUGAUUAAAUAAUUACAUAAUAUGAAUAUAAUUUAAUCCUCAAUUGUGUGGUUAUAUUCCUGUAUAUCUUUUUGAAUGAAAUAAUGGAUUUAAAACUUCAAAAAUUGAGGAUUUUUCAAUGUGCACAAUACACUUUGGAAGUAUAUUCUUCUGAAGACAGACACAAACUGUAAAAUAAAAAAUCAGAAGGUGUCUGGUAGCACCUUUAGCUGACAAAAGGCAUACAUUUUUGUGAUCUGUAAAUGAGCUCGUUUUAAUAGACCUCUGAUUUUUGGCUGCCAUAGAUAAAUACAACUCUCUUAAUAAAACAAAUAUAACCAGAAGGUGGCGCUAUGGUAAUGCCAGUUUCAGAAGUGUAUCUAUAUACAUCUAUUACUAUGUAGCACAGAAACAAGCCAUAGUAGAUUUUGCACUUGCCAGAUUUGUAUUAUCCUGUGUAAAACACCAUUAAAUCAAGGAAUAACUUGUAGGUUUCUUACAUAAAGUUAUUUUUUUUAAUUAUAAGCAAGGUUUUCUUUAAGCAUACAUAAAUCUCAAAUUUGACACUUUAAAUGAUAAAACAGCUAAUGUGACUUCAGUGAGCUGGUUAUCAAUCUAAAAUUUUAUGUGAAAAGGUUAUUUCCCCAUACAGUAAAAAGUUUGGGAUUGCAUUUGAGGUAUUUAGCAAUCUGCUUUACUCAUACCAAGUAGAUUUCCAGUGCUUUCCUUCUCAAAAAGCAUAAAAUGCACUUAUUAAAAGUUAAUUUAUCAUUGAAAUGUAGUUUUAUGUCUAUCUAACACCAUAAUUUUAGAACUGAUAUAAGAUAUUGUGACAUCUCAUUUUUAACUUUUAAAUCUGUAUGAUAUAACUGCAGCCUGUAAUCUGGAGAUUAUUUUGUUUUCAUCAGGUUUUAUAAAUUCUACCAUCUGCAGAAUACUGAUGAUGUGUGCCUAUAUAUGUUUGUUACUUUAGAAUUCAACUGUUUAUCUUUUGAUAAAUACCUGAAGUCCAAUUUCAGGUUUGUUUUUAUUUUAUGUACAGAAAGCUUGCAUACCCUCUAUAUGUGAAAGUGUUUUUUCUAGAGUUCUUCUUGUUUACAAAGUCAGACAUUCUAUCACUCCUACAAACUUUGUUUUAAUUCUUUCUAAUUUUUGGCUGUCAAAUAUGUGCUUUAAAUACUUUUUGUAUUUAUGCCGCAGGGCAAUGUUUUGUUUGGACUGCUCAAAACUUCAAAAUAAAAGAGUUUAUUUAAACCAA